AUGACAGCCACGCCUGCAACCCUCACUAAGUUGCCUGGCAACAACCUGUGCGCGGACUGUCAUGCACCCAACCCAAGAUGGGCGUCGAUCAACCUAGGCAUACUCAUUUGUAUAGAGUGCAGUGGGAUCCAUCGGGCGCUAGGCACACAUAUAUCCCAGGUCCGUUCGAUCGCACUUGAUCAGUGGACCGUGAGCCAGGUGGAGACGUGUCAGCGCAUCGGGAAUCAACAAGCCAACUCGUUCUGGGAGGCUCAGUUACCCGCAACGUUUAAACGACCGUCAAAUCAAAACCGGAGAGACAUGGAGCAGUUCAUCAAAGCCAAAUACGUAGACCGGAAGUGGACUCCCGAGCGCGCCGGCCCUGCAGACUCACGGACUACCACGGGCGUGAGUGGCAGCGCUGUCACCCUCAGUGGUCACCAACCCAACGCUGCGCGCCAAAAUUCGCCAGUGCACCAAUGUGCGACUCACAGUGCGCACCAAAGUUCGUCCUUGUGGGCCGGAGCGUCGAGUGCGGGUUCGCGGGGGCCGUCGCGCUCGAGUCCGAGCGGGCAGACGGAAGACCUGUUCACCGCGACCCAGAACCCGUUCCAAAACCCGUGCUCGGUCCAUCGCCCGAACUGGUCGGCGCGGCAGGGCAUGGCGGAGCAACUGGCUGAGGUCCUGGACUCUCAACCAGCCGCAGCCGCAGGUGUUACCGGUAGUUAUGACGCAGCAAUGGGCAUUGCUGCGGGCAAGAGCGCGGCGGCCGGUAAAGACAAUGGAGCAAUGAUGGAAGACUUGUGGGCAGCCGGCAGCUCGAAUCCUCCUCCGGCUGUUGGCGCUAGUCUGGACGUGGUCCAGACGGGGUUGGAUUAUAUACAAAAAGGAGUUUCACAGCCCCCUCCAAAUCUGGACAUUUUAACGCAGGCCCUAAACGAAAGAAUUUAG